AUGGAAAGAUGGCGAUUUUUGGAUCUCGCCACGAUAGCGUUUCACAACGGUUUUGCUCGCUUGCAUCCACAGUAUUUCGUCGUUCGCGAGAGGAGCACUGGUUUCCAGAAAAGAGUCGCGACCAAGCUCAAUGGGUGCCGGUAUUUCAGCGUCAUCGACCUGAGUGACGCCUAUCUUCAAGUGGAAGUUGACGACGACUCGAAGCAGCUGCUCACAAUCAACACGCAUCAAGGUCUCUUCCGCUUCAACCGGCUCGCACCAGGAGUAAAAUCCGCUCCCGGUGCCUUCCAGCAGUUGAUGAACAGCAUGGUUGCCGAUCUCGAAGGAGUGGACACGUUUCUGGACGACAUCUUCGUGGCCAGCAAAACCGAAGAGGAGCACCACAAGAUGCUCAACGCACUGUUUCAACGCCUUCAAGCUUACGGUUUCGUUCUGAGGGAAGAAAAGUGCAACAUUCUGCAGCCGGAGGUAAAGUAUUUGGCGCACAUCGUAGACGAGAACGGUCUCCGUCCAGACCCAUCCAAGGUGGAAGCCAUUGUCAAGAUGCCACCGCCCAAAGAUGUCACAACUCUACGCUCGUUCCUUGGUGAAGUGAAUUUCUACGCGAGGUUUGUCCCGGAGAUGCACCAAUUGCGGCUGCUACUCGACGCACUACUGAAGAAGGAUGCCAAAUUCGUUUGGAACAGCGAGUGCCAGAAAUCGUUCAGGCGCUUCAAGGAAGUACUCCAGUCGGAUUUGCUUCUGACACACUACGAUCCAUCACUAGACAUCAUAGUUGCUGCCGACGCCUCGCAGUCCGGAAUCGGUGCCUGCCUUCUACACAGGUUCCCCGAUGGCUCACUCAAAGCUGUUGCACACGCUUCCCGCUCACUCACCCCCGCGGAGGCAAAUUACGGACAGAUCGAGAAGGAAGGUCUUGCACUGGUGUUUGCCGUAACGAAAUUCCAUCGGAUGCUGCUCGGACGCAAGUUCACCCUCCAGACGGAUCAUCAGCCACUCCUGCGUAUAUUCGGACAGAAGAAGGGUAUUCCGGUUCGCACGACCAACCGCCUUCAACGUUGGGCCCUGACGCUUCUGUGCUACAACUUCGACAUCGAGUACGUGUCCACCACGCAGUUUGGAUAUGCCGACGUACUGUCCCGCCUCAUCAACGGUUACGUCAAACCAGAGGAGGACUUCAUCAUCGCAUCGAUUCAACUGGAAGACGACAUCGAGAUUCCACUCCAGGAAGCCAUCAGUUCGCUGCCAGUUACGUUCAAAUCGGUGCGCGGCGCUACUCUCCAGUGCCCGGUUCUCCAACAAGUGAUCCAGUACAACCAGCGUGGAUGGCCCUCCAAAAUCGAUGACAUCGCUAACCCUGAAGUUCACCCUUUCUUCGCUCAUCGAGACGCACUAUCGGUAGUGAAGGGGUGCGUCAUGAUGUCCAACCGUUUGGUGAUUCCGGACAGUUUUCGGCAGCGGAUUCUCAAGCAACUCCACCGAGGACAUCCGGGAAUGGAGCGGAUGAAAGCUAUCGCACGUAUUUUGUGA